AUGCCGAAGCAGAGUGAGCACCGCAGCAGCUGCUGCUACCGACAUGGUAACUCAACGGGUGACGACUGGCAAGGCCGCGAGGACGAGGAGAAAGUCGCCGGUUCUGCCAAUGACGUGUUCUGCUGUUUUGGUUUCAGAAUCUUCCGCCACUGCUUCGACCGGACUGGUGGCGGAUUCGCCCCUCAGCGCCACGGAGAGCCUCUCCUAUAUGAUGCCACCUUAUGGGACUUCAUAUGUGGCAUAUGGAAAAAACUCAAAGAAGCGGGCUUCGAUGAAGAGUCCAUCAAACGUAGAGACAAUGCUACUCUUGUCGUCUAUAUUGCUGAACUCGAAGUCGAGUUUAUUUUUCUCUCUUUGCAAAGAUCAAAGCUGACAAACCUCGCAACAAUGUAG